AGCUUCGAUGCGUUCGGUUGUUAUUUUUAGUCGCAAUCGGUUGGGCAAGCUCGGCCUCCGUACCUGUACCAAGCCUUAAACUCGUAACGCCUGCGCGUAUUUCUUAUGCAUUUUAAAACGGUUGAAAAUCAUGCGAAAUACGUAGUUGAAACGUUUACAAAACAAAAACACACAAUUGUUAAAUAAUAGAUACAAAAUAGAUGUGUUGCAAGUGUAAAGUGUGCACAGGUGUUUAAGUGCUCAAUUCCAAUUGGAUUAACGCUAAGGAACUUAAAGUGCCUUCGAUAAUAACUCAAUCAGCUCAGCUCACGUAUCGGAAACUGUAGUUCGUGUAAUUCGGCAGAAGUAGCCGAAAAGUUGUCGUGCAAACAAAUACUCGAAACGCUAUCUAAGUCCAGCAGAAAAAGAAAUAAAACCAAAAACAAGCCGUCGAGAAGCUGAAAGCCGACAAACAGUUGGCUCGUUUAUCGUGUUGGCAUUUAAUUUAGUUGGUUACGUGGCCGGAGCUUCGUGUGGCCGCCGAAAAGAAAGUCACGACAUUAUCCAAAGCGGUUCAAAACAAGAUUUCCAAGAUUCUGCGCCGAAAGUCAAAGUUACAAGUUUACAUUUUGGCCCGGUUCAACGUCUUUGAGCGCCAGCGUGUGUGUGCCAGUGUGUGUGUGCCAGUGUGUGUGUGUGUGUACAUGUUUGUGCCACUUUAGAAAGUGAAAAUCGAGUGCAGUCCCAUUCCGUCAGACCUGCCUCUGGGCGCUGCAGCUGAAAGUGAAUUUGCCGCUUCAAUCUUCAAUUCCCAGUAGCUGCAGACAGACAGCCAGACUUCGGGUUGCCUCUGCCCAUUCAUCGAUAGAGCCGUAGUCGUAUUUGAAUCCACGUCCGAAAAGCCCAACAAUGGAGGCCGAAGAAAUUACAAAGCUCGUUGAUGGCGUUUAUAGGAAUAUACUCGAUAGAUUUAAUCCGGGUGCCAGGCAGCUAAUUGCGGCGGGCAAAAGUUACCUGAAGGCGUUGCAUGGUGCCGCAACUGCCUCGCGUCUAUUCAAUGAAGCAUUGGCCAAGAUUGCAAUGAACGCGCAACAAAGCGGAACAGGCGAUAUUGGUUCGGCUUUGAUGAGCGUUGUUAAUGUUAACAAGGAGAUACAGGAGCAACAGAUGAAUAUUCUGAAAGCCUUCUACGUUGAUCUAUUGGUGCCAUUGGAGACGAAUUUGGAGAAGGACACGAAAGUCGUGCAACAUGAGCAAAAGAAAUUUAUGCAGCAGCACAAAGUGCGCAUGGAGAGCUACCAGAAGGCCGUUUCCACAAUGAAAAAGCAGCGCAAGAAAAAGGCCACGCCCGAGAAUACCGAAAAGGAGCUGAGAAGCCUGCAACUGUUGGAGGAUCAAAAGAAAAAACUCGACAUAUUUUGUGAUCAGAGCUAUAAGAAUGCCAUGACACAGGAGCGUCGUCGCUAUGGCUUCGUCUUGGAGCGCCAGUGCUCGAUCGCCAAGCACUGGAUGGCCUACCAUGCCACCGGCAAAACAGUAAUUGAUAAUAAUUUCGAAAAUUGGCAAGAGAUUGCCGCUUCUCGUGAGAUAAUUCCGCCGGCCGCAUACGAAAGCGCCGGCUACAGCAGCAGCAACAGCAACACAAGACGCCUGGUGAGUCAUCAUGCGCCCAGCCCUAACAACCUCUCUCUCUUAACCACUCUCCGACUGUUCGUCUGUUUGUCUGUCCAGGAGCGCAUCAAAGACGCUGACGAUGAUCAGCUUCAGCUCCAGGGCCAAGGCCAGGGCCAGGGCCUGGGCGCCCAGCUAAAGAAGUCGCGCAGCAUCGAUGCGCCGUACGGCGACAUGCGCACUCUGCACGAGCGUGAGGGUGUCUCUGGAUCGGCGCACUAUGCUCAGAACUCGCUGCCACGUGCCAAAUCCGAUUUCAAUCUGGCGCUGGUCGGCGCAGGACCCAUCACAGGCAGCAAACACAAAAUCAUUGAGGAGCAGCUGAUGCAUGGCGAGCUCGAGCGCGGGGAUCAACGUCCGCUGGUCAAGGCGCUCUACGCGUACAUGCCGUCCGGCGAGAAUCAGCUGUCCUUUGAGGAGGGCGAUCGCAUAGCGCUUGUGGGCGCCAAGGCCAAGGGCUGGCAGUUCGGUGAGAAUCUGCGCACUCAGCACUUCGGCUGGUUCCCUGUGGCGUACACCAACGCGGAGAGCCUGGAGCUGCCGCCCUCCGCCGGUCGACGCUACGAGAACAUGCACAUGAGCUACGAGCGCAACGGCGCCAGCGGACUGCGCAGCUACCAUGAACAGCAGCAGCAGCAACAGCAGCAGCAGCAGCAGUAUGAGGCGCAACUGGAGCUCCUGGACAGCGAUGCCACCUAUCGGCGACGACGCAAUCACAGCGCCGAGGAGUCCUCGCCCACGCGCAUGUUUGGCGACACCAUCAAGCAGCAGAAGAAGUACCGCUCCGGCUCCGCGGCCAAUCCACGUCCCGGCCCGCCGCCCACGCUGCCCGCUCCCGUGCCCAAUGCUGGCCAGAGCCAGAGCGCCCGAAUGCUGAACAGCUCGCAAAGCUUCUGUGCCACCAAUGGGGUGCCAGCUGCCGUGGAGAGGCGCAAGCAGAAGCUGCUAAAUGGAGCACAGAGCUCGAUGAGUCAACCGUCCACAAAGUCCGCGGCGGCGGCAAAGACCUCGCUGCACAGCAGCAACGACAGCGGCUUCGCCAAUGAGCCGCCGCCUCAGCCCGAGGUGGACUACUCCGACGAGGAGCCAGCCACACAACGUGUGCCCAUACGACGACGCGCGGACACGAAUACACAUACGGUGCCGCGGGAUGUGGCCUCCUGGACACUGAGCCGCAAUUUCCGGAACAGCGUGGACAGCCAGAUCGAUGACAAGAGCCUUAACCGGCUGAGCCGGCAGAGCGUUGGUGUUGGCGGCAAGAUGCGUUAUGAUUUGAUUGCCUCGGACGAUGAGAUACUGCAGGCCUCCAGUGCGGGCUUGAAGCGCACCAAAUCCUUCUGGAAGUUUGGCGGCGGCCGCAGCGGCGAGGACAUCCUGGCCGGCAUGUCGCUCUGGCAGCAUCGCGAUCUGGUCGCAGCGCCCAAUAUGGAGGAGAUGCGCGACGAGUCGCGCUCCGACGAGGAUCGGGAGCGCAACAGUCACAGCAACGGAAAUGGCACACUGACCAAGUCGCACAACUCCAGCUCCUCGCAGGAGAAGCGCGGACGCAAGGACAGCAUAACUAGCACGGAACUCUAUGGCGAUGACGAUGAGAACAUCUAUGGCAUUAGUCCGGCCAUGCCGCCACAGAAACAGCAGCAGCAGCACCAGCCGGCGCAACAGCAGCAGCAGCAGAGGAGCAGCGGCUACACGCCCAAGUCGCGCAUGAAGAUCAUGAAGACGAUCGAGAUUGAUAUUGAAGAGCCCUCAGAGAGCGAACGGCUAAGCACUAUGCGACGCGGCCAGACGCAGCAUCAGCAGUCGGACUAUGGCCAUGGACAUCGCAAGCUGGACAAGCAAGGUUCGGGCUCCGCCUCCUCGACGCCACAGCACAAGACACAGACGCUCAGCCGCUCCAAGCCGGCACAGCAGCAACAGCAGCAGCAGUUCCCAAACUCCACGGAUGAGGGGGAGAGCGAUGAGCAUGGAACGCUCAAAAUGAGCGAUGUGAACAACUUUUUUGAUGACAUGCAGCAUGAUGGAGCUGGCAAUACUGGCAAUGGCGCCGGAGGCGGCAAUCAUGGCCUGGUCAUGAAGACGCUCAAGCGCAAGGACAUACUCAAGCAGUACUACACCAGCGAGGAUGAGUCCGAGGCCGAGCUCAAGUCAACUAGCUCCGAUCCCUAUGACUGCAUCGUCAUCAAUGAUCAUCUGGUGCGCAAGGACGACAAGCUGAGACGCCAGCAUCACCAUCAGCAGCAGCAGCAGAUGGAGUUUCACACAUUCCGCUCGUCCACAUCCACAAUGGCGACCAAUACGCUAAAGAAGUCCAACUCCAAGGACCAGGAGAGCACGCUGACCCGCAAUUCCACAGCCAACUCGGCCGGCGCACCAACUGCCACCAUAUUGCCACGCACGCGUCUGCUCAAGUCAUCUUCCAGCAGCAGCAACAACAACAACAACAACAACAACAGCCACAAUAACAACAGCAGCAGUGCCACCCUGGAACGUAACUUAAAGGCGCACGUGGGCAACAAGAGCUACGGUCCGUGGUACGACUUCUGGGAUCAGGAACAGCAUGGCAUCACUGGCCAGAAAAGCGCCAGCGCCAAGCUGAAGUGAUCUGAAGCCAGCCACUGGGCAGAGGGUCGGGCAAGUAGGGAGGCAAAAUGGAAUUUAGAAAUUUGUAGUUUCGCCGUUUUCUUACCAGAGAAGAAAAUGGUCCGAGCGUGCCGGCGAUUGAAGAGAAACAGCAAGAGAGAGCAUGAGAGAAUUGUGUAGCUUGCAGGGGCAGACAUAGAGAAUUUUAUAUUUUAACAGACAAACUUUACUCUCUCUGAAAAUAAUUAUUUCAAAAUAAUUUCAACGAGAUUUCAAUACAUUUAAUGUUUUUACGAAAUUCUAUGCUGCUUAAAAAAUUUUACAAAUUUUGCGUUUGCAGUCGACACAAAUGGAAAAGGUUUUUUUCUACCAUUUUCUUUAGUUUCGCAUCAAAAUAACUAGAAGUUAGUAAAUUUCUAAGGUUGAGCAAAAAUAUUUUUACUAGAGAAAAUAUCUUGAUAACAGAAAUUUUUUUGACGCUAAAUUAAUUCGAUAUUUUAACGAUUUGAUGAGCUUCUUCUUUAAUCUCAAUGAUCCUUUUUUUCUUAGUUAUUUUUAUUAAUUUUGGAUAAUUAGACAGAGAACAUGGAAUAAUGCACACAAGGGUUUUCUCUGCAUUUCAUAUUGUAGGGAAAUAAAACAAAUGCUCACAUAUCGAACGCUGACUGCUUGCUACAUGAAACCUCACAAUGUGAGAACUUCCAUUUUUGGUGCCUUGCAUAACGCACAGUUUUAAGAUGAACACAAACACAUAUACCAUAUAUACAUAAAUAUAUAUACUAUAUCUAUAUUUUUUUGCUUUAGACAUAAGUUCUUGCAUCAUGUUACAUUCACACACACACACACACAUACACCUGCCCCAAAUAAGUGGAAAUAUUACGAAUAUAUUUUAUAUUUGCAGCAGGCGCGGUAUUUAUCGCAACUAUUCCAUAGGCUACAGAAGCUAGACACUAAUUACAACCAACCCGUAGAAGUACACUUUAUAUUCCACACAAAAUUCCACUGUAUAAUUGAAUGCGUAUGUAAAAAGCUGUCAUACCCCUCCUUGUCCUUUAAAUUGUACAAAGUUGCUAAAACCA